CACCAACUCGAACAAACCCACAUCUCCCUUCUCCCAACUAACGGGUCCGCCGGUUCUUCUGCAAAACAGUUGUGGUGCGGUUUCUCAGAAGCAUUCACUUCACCGAACGCAAUUUGUCUUGCAUCGUUUUCGUUUUUUGUUUUAACCCACAGUUUGCUUUUACUGUACGUUUCGUCUUCGCUCGUUGUUCGUGUCUCUUAAUUCAUAAAAUUACUUGAGAAGGCGUGUUACAGAAUCAGAAUGCAGGAAACGAGCUCCAAGACUGCUGCUUCGGCGAAAAUGAUUGAACCGUUUGAUGGACAGAAGCUUCCGGUAGGUUCAAGCUUCCUUGUAGGGAAAUACACGGUGGUUGUCGAUAGGUACUUGUCUGAGGGAGGAUUUUCGCAGGUGUACCUUGUCGGUACACGAUCGAAAACAGAUGGGACUCCGUUUGUGUGUGUAAUGAAGCGUAUGUAUGCUCAAGAUGAGGCAUCUCUUGAGAAUGUCCACACUGAAAUUGAAACAAUGAAACUUCUUCGUGGAAAUCCUCACAUUGUCAACUACAUUGAUUCCUGCAUUUUUCCUACUGCCACAGAAAGCCAGCCAAAUGGCUGUGAAAUUCUACUCUUAAUGGAAUAUUGUGCAGGUGGUGGUCUUAUUGACUUAAUGAAUCAGAGGCUGCAGACGCGCUUGUCACAGGCUGAAGUGUUAAAAAUCAUGUCUGAUGUCGUUCAAGGUGUAGCUGCCCUGCACUACUUACGACCUCCUCUCAUCCAUCGAGACUUAAAGAUUGAGAACGUAUUGAUCAGUUCACCUACUUGCUACAAGCUUUGUGAUUUUGGCAGUGUUUGUGCGCCCAUUCGGAUGUCUAGUAAUCCUGCUGAGCGUCAUCGGAUAAAGGCAGACAUUGAAAAGUACACAACGUACCAGUAUCGUGCUCCUGAAAUGAUAGACAUGUCUCACAAUUUUGCCAUUGAUGAAAAGAGUGACAUUUGGGCGCUCGGUGUCUUGUUUUACAAGCUUUGCUAUUAUACCACGCCUUUUGAAAAUCAAGGUCCGGCAGCCAUGGUUACAGCUACAUACGUGUUUCCUCCAUUUCCUCCUUAUUCGGGUUACAUAAAGCGGUUGAUUUCAACUAUGCUCCACAAAAACCCAUGUUGCCGUCCGAACAUUUUCCAGGUGCAGCAAGAGAUCUGUAUGUUGCGUGGUACUCAGCUUCCUUUCCGUGACAUGUAUAAAGGAGUUAACUCUUCUUACCUUAAUCCACCUGCUCUACCAGAAACUGCUGGUAUUCCUGUAAAGCCCAUGUACAAGACACAACACAGCAUCCCUGCUCCCAUCUCUGUUCAUCCUCAUUCCAUGGGUCAACAAAUUCCCGUGUCACACUUUCCGUCCCGCGCUGCCUCCGCUGCACCUUCCACAAACCAACAGCACACGUCCUCAAACCCAUUUUUGGCUCAUUCUUAUGUCUCAACUCCUGCCGUCUCAGGGGCACAGAAACCACACAAAAGUGGUCGAGCACAUCCUGAACUGCAGCCCAGUUCUCAAUUGUCGCCUACAUCUCAGGCUUAUUCUAGCUCCUCUCCUAACUCCUUACAUGGUAUUAAUAAUGCUUCAUACCUAAACAUUCCCCAGAAUCCGUUUCCCGUAUCUACCACUGUUACUGGUGCUUCAGUUCGAUCUUCCGCAUAUUUUGAGGCUUCCAAUAGCGUCACGGGCAAUGGACAUGCGUCGCCUGGGCUUGAGGAUGUGGAACAACGUUAUCCCGACAUCGGUGAAAUUGAAGCAAAUGUUUUAAGCAGGGUAGCUACGAGUGCUUAUCAAGAAAACGAUUCUGCACGCAAUGAUGAAAUUGCCAAACUUGCGGAUGAUACGUUUGCUGCAUUCUUACAAAAGGCAGACAACGAACAGGGUGAGGAGCCUCAAAUUUCACCCGUGCAAACAUCAGCAACGACGGCGAGUACGCCCAACUUGGUUGCAGAAAACGAUAAGGCUGUGCCGUCAUCUUUAACUUCAGAAGAUUUAUCUGGUCGUUCUAAUGUGGAGGACUAUGUGCAACAAAGCUUCUCACAGCUUUCUCGUGCCUCUUCCGUUCGUCAUUCUACAAAGUAUUCUGAGUUCUCUAAAAAGGUGCAACAAGCACCAAAUAUGGUGGAUAGUCAGCUGCAUGACUAUACAAGUCAUGCUGGGUUGAGUCGGCAAGCAAGUGUUCCGUCUAGCCAUGAACGCAGCGCAUCUGUUACUCGUCGUCAAUCUUCAAAGAAUCCUUAUAUUAAGCCGUUUAAUUAUCAAAAGCCUGGACGUCACUCCGAAGAAUUUUACCGCACGACUGAACCCUUGACUGUCGGAUCGUUUGCCGAAAGUUUACAUGGCGCUGAAAUAUUUAAUGCCAUGUCUGAGAAAAAGCCUACCGAAUCUGAAGUUGAGCUUCCUCUGCAUCGCAGUGGUACCAACCAUUCUACUGUGGAAAGUAUUGCUUCUGUUGUGUCUGCAACAAGCACAGCUUCACAUCGUCGUUCAUCUCAUGGCUCAGCUAUGCAUGAGCCCUUUUAUGCGAGCGACAUGUCCAAUGAAAUGUUAUCUGUCACUGAAGCAGAACUUGAGAAGCAGGCUCAGUUCAAGCAUUCUGGUGUCAAAUCUGGCAAGUCACCAGCCCACGAGCCUACACAGGCGAGGUCGAGUGUUGAGGAUUUGGUCGAGAUGGGUAUUCCUCUUGAUGCACAGUACGCUUCUUCCGUUGCUGAAGCUAAAGUUACUCAAAACAAAGACACUUAAACCCUUUUACUCUUGACUUUUCAUCAUCUUAUUAGUUUUUUAUGGCCGUGUUUUAAGACCUUGAAAUCCCUUUCCAACCUUCUCUCUUUCUUUUCCUGUUCAUCGCUUGUGAGACGGCUAUUUGUCAGCGUGUACUUUGUUAUCACUGCCUAAUUCAUGUGUUGGAUAUGCAGAAUGCUCACAGCUUAUGCAAUCCUUACUUUCAUUUAAACAUUCCCAACUUUUUUCACCCAAUUGUUGUAAUAGAAAUGAGAAAUACAAUUGCUUUAUGAAUAUCUAUUAACUAGGUGUUCGUGGUUACCCUGUGGAGAAAGUUUGUUUACAUUAGUGAUUUGUUUAUGAAAAGC